UUUGCUAGGUACGCACGCUUUGCACAUCACCUCUCCCUCACGCCUUCAUCUCAACCGGAACCUUUUAUAUAGAACUCGUCUACACACGUGGCCUUUAUCAACCUUCCCUCUACUGACGCUUUCCCAUCCCCACGUCGCUAUGUUUCUGGCGACGUUGCUGGCGAUGGUGCCGGUGCUGGCGCGGAUGGUGUACCUGCGCCGGGCGGGCCGCUGCACCUCCACCCGCAGCCUGGCGGGCAAGACAGCCAUCGUCACCGGGGCCUCGGCAGGCAUCGGCAAGGAGACGGCCAAAGACCUGGCGAGGCGCGGCGCCCGGGUGAUACUCGCGUGCAGGAACAGAGAGAAGGCACAAAGGGUGGCAGAGCACAUCAUCUCUGAGACGGGCAACAAGGUGGUGGUGCGUGUGCUGGACACCGCCGACCUCGCCUCCGUUAGGCACUUCGCCAAGGAGGUGCUGAGGACGGAUGACGCCAUACACAUCUUGGUGAACAACGCAGGCAUCCCCGGCAAGGAAGUCCGUGAGGUGACGCGAGACGGGCUGGAGCUCACCAUGGCGACCAACCACUACGGCCACUUCCUGCUCACCAACCUACUGCUAAAGAGGCUCAAGGAAAGUGCGCCCAGCAGGAUCGUCAACGUGUCUUCGCUGGCUCACUUCUUCACAAUGACCAUCGACUUGAAGGACCUCAACUUCGAGAAGAGGAGCUACGGCACCCUGGCGGCGUACGGCCAAAGCAAGCUGUGCAACAUCCUCUUCUCUGUUGAACUCGCCCAUAAGCUGCGCGGCUCAGGGGUGACCGUCAACGCCCUCCACCCCGGCACCGUUGGGACAGACUUCUUCACGAGGGAGGAGAUGGCGACGACCUGGUGGCGGAAACUCUUCAUGAUCGUCGGCAACUUUGUGAUCAGGCUCUUCGGCAAGGACAGCGUGUUGGGGGCCCAGACGUCCAUAUACCUGGCCGUGGCGGAGGAGGUGGAAGGCGUCACGGGGAAGUACUUUGAUGACUGUAAGGAAGCCACCACGUCCUUGCUCGCCCGUGACCUGACCCUCGCCAGGACGCUGUGGGAAGUUAGUGAAGCGGACGUCCAACUCCAGCCCAGCGAGAUCUUCUACUGAGAGACAGAGACAAGAGAGAGACAGAGAGAGGCAGGGAAGGAGAACUUGAGAGCUUGAGAGGAAGGAAAGACGAAGAAAGGAAAGUGGGACAUGAGAGAGAGGGAGGAAAGAAGAAAAGGAAGGAGACGAGGAUAUGUAGGAGGCAAAGGAAGGGAAGAAGGAACUCAAAAACGCAUUGUACUGAUAAUGAAGAUUUCUCAAUAGUCAAAAAUUUGGGCGGCUUUUCCGAUACCCUACGCCCCUGUCCACCCAGCAGUGAAUGGGUACCAGGUAUUAAUCGGGGGUUGUGUCCCAUCUCCUGGGGUCUGUUCCCUUCUCCUAUAAUUCCUUCCCCUUCUGUCUCUCUCCGGCAUAUGACCACAGAUGUUGCGCCGACUGAACGAAACUUUCCAACUUUCUCAAUAGUCAACAGCGGAACAUCGGGCCAGUUCAACAGUUCAACACAGUCAUUUUAAGCGCCCAAACCAAACUAUAUUCUAUGCAAGGAUCCAUUAUUUCUUCUCUAUACCAGAUACUAAAGAGUUUUCCUGUGUGGCUUUCUAAAAAUUCCCUGCUUUUUAUGUUAAUGCCAAACACCAUAUACAAGGAAUUUUGGUAGUAUUUUGUGUUUGGUUGGUUGGGGAGCUUAUGAACUUGCUGUAUUGUGCUGUAAAACUGUGCCCAUUAACCUGAGAACUUCGGCCGACCCUUUUUAGGGCUUUUACGAGUCGUGGCUGUGGUACGGUGGACCCUAAAAAGGGCUCGCCAUAAAACACCUAAUUCGAGCUAUUUGUAGGUGGUGGUGGCAUAGCGCAACCCACCAUGAAUGCCCUGGGUCAGUGUGGUGGGUCAGUGAUCUUGAGGUGGGCUUUUUUGUCAUAGGUGGUGAUGUAAGGUUUUGACAUUACUGAAUUAGCUAUCCAUACAGUAAUCACUUGUCAAAUUCUCUAUAGUAGACAACAAGCGUCUUGACAUUACUGAAUUAGCUAUCCAUACAGUAAUCACUUGUCAAAUUCUCUAUAGUAGACAACAAGCGUCUUGACAUUACUGAAUUAGCUAUCCAUACAGUAAUCACUUGUCAAAUUCUCUAUAGUAGACAACAAGCGUCUUGACAUUACUGAAUUAGCUAUCCAUACAGUAAUCACUUGUCAAAUUCUCUAUAGUAGACAACAAGCGUCUUGACAUUACUGAAUUAGCUAUCCAUACAGUAAUCACUUGUCAAAUUCUCUAUAGUAGACAACAAGCGACUCUCGGCUAGAUGCCACGCGUCACGAGACUGUUUAUUUUGUAACAAACACCACCCAUAAAGAAUGGAGUUUGAGUAAAAGUAAAUAUUUUCAGCGGCUUUAUGGUUAGACUCAUUCAGAAAACAAAUACACACUCACUUGUCACCACAACAAAACACUUAACAAUUACACUUGAUUCACUUCCCUCCCCUGCACACUCAGCUCCCCCGUCCCCCCGACAGCCAACAAAUAUGCAUGUUAUGUACCUGUACGGGUGCCCUGCGCAUCAUGUAUCCAGAUCCAGAUCCAGAGAGGAGUACUCUGAUGUACGUUCCAUGCUCUUUUCUUAGUCUCAAAAUGCAGAGUAAUUUUGUUGUUUCUCGGGCACUUCUCGGCUUUCCCAUAUCCGAAGCCGACGGGUUAAGUGAAAGACAAGCUGCCAGUGACGCAAUAUGAGAUGUCAAGAACAGAGUGGAGAUUCAUCCCUCCUGUGUCUCCCUCCUUCCUUCGCCUCUCUCCUUUCUUCAUUUCUUUCCUUCCUUAA